AUGGUUCACUACAAUUUCAAGGGGAUCACCGUGGUACCCACGGGAAAGGAGUUGACUGACAUCAUCCUCUCCCGCACCCAGCGCCGGACUCCCACUGUUGUCCACAAAGGUUACUCCAUCUCCCGUCUCCGCCAAUUCUACACCCGCAAGGUCAAAUUCACCCAGCAAAACUUUCACGACAAGCUGUCCACCAUCAUCGAGGAGUUCCCGAGGCUCGACGGUAUCCACCCUUUCUAUGGCGACCUCCUUCACGUCCUCUACAACAAGGACCACUACAAGCUCGCCCUCGGCCAGGUCAACACCGCUAGGAACCUUAUCGAUAAUAUCGCAAAAGAUUACGUUAGAUUGCUCAAGUACGGAGAUUCCCUCUACCGCUGCAAGUCACUUAAAGUCGCUGCCUUGGGUCGCAUGUGCACUGUGAUCAAACGGGUUGGUCCAAGCUUGGCUUAUCUAGAGCAGAUAAGGCAGCACAUGGCAAGGCUGCCCUCGAUCGACCCGAAUACCCGUACCAUCUUGAUAUGCGGCUACCCGAACGUCGGCAAGAGCUCAUUCAUGAACAAGAUCACGAGGGCCGACGUGGACGUGCAGUCAUAUGCUUUCACUACAAAGUCAUUGUUUGUGGGCCACACCGACUACAAAUACCUCAGGUAUCAAGUGAUCGACACCCCUGGUAUUCUGGACAGGCCUUUUGAGGAUCGUAAUAUCAUCGAGAUGUGCAGCAUCACAGCCCUUGCCCACCUCAGGGCUGCAGUCUUGUUUUUCCUUGACAUCUCGGGCUCGUGCGGCUACACCAUAGCCCAGCAGGCAGCUCUGUUCCACAGCAUAAAGUCUCUGUUCAUGGGAAAACCGCUUAUAAUUGUGUGCAACAAGACCGACCUGCAGCCGCUAGAAGGGAUUCCGGAGGAUGACAUGAAGCUGGUCAUGGAUAUGAAGGCGGAGGCCAUGAAGACUCUUGUUGGCCUAGGAGGUGAAGCCACAGGCGAGAAGGACGUGUUGCUUACCAUGAGCACAUUGACUGAGGAUGGGGUUAUCUCAGUAAAAAACGUGGCUUGCGAGAGGUUGCUAAAUCAGAGGGUGGGGUCGAAGAUGAAGUCGAAAAAGCUGAUGGAGUGCAGGAACCGUAUCCACGUGGCCAUCCCCAAGCAGCGUGAUGGGAAGGAGAGGCCACCCUGCAUACCUUCACCCAUCCUGGAAGCUCGGGCGGAGGAGAAGGAGAAGAGGAAGCUGGAGAAGGAUUUGGAGAACGAAAACGGAGGGGCAGGCGUGUACUCAGCCAGCCUAACCAAGAAUUACAUACUUGCAAACGACGAGUGGAAAUCGGACCCCAUUCCAGAAAUCCUCGACGGGCACAACGUGUCUGACUUUAUAGAUGCAGAUAUUCUGAGGAGGCUAGAGGAGCUGGAGAGAGUGGUGAGUGGCCUACACGAAGAAGACGAGUUUGAGAUGGAUGGGACCGAGCUGACCUGUGAAGAACAGGUGGCCCUUGCUGAGAUCAGGAAAAAGAAGGGUCUGCUUGUCCGGGCGCACAGGCUCAAGAAGAGCACGACCGAGAGCCGCCCGAUUGUGCCCAGGAAAUUCAAUAAGGAUAAUGAAUUUACUACGGAGAGGAUGGGGAGACAGCUGUCUUCCCUGGGGCUGGACCCCACGAUGGCAAUUGAGAGGGUGAGGAGCAAAUCAAGGGGCCGGAAGAGGGAUAGGUCAGGCAUUAGGGACGAUGAUGGUGAUUUGAUGGAUGUGGAAGAUGGUGGGCAGUCAAACAAGAGGCUGAGGCUGAGGUCGAGGUCGAGGUCCAAGUCCAGGCCUCCGAGCGAGGUGGUGCCAGGAGAGGGGUUGAAGGACAGCUCUCAGAAGAUAAAGGCCCUUAAGAUGGCCAAGAGCUCGAGCAAGAAGAGAAACAAGGAUGCGCGUAAAGGGGAGGCUGACAGGGUUAUUCCAUCUUACAAGCCGAAGCACUUGUUCUCUGGGAAACGCUCCAUCGGGAAAACACAGAGGCGUUAG